AAAAAAAAAAAAAACUACGGCGGCCGAGAAGGGGCGAGCACGGCCCAGUCCUGAGGUCGCGGGAGGCUCCGAGGACUGCAAAAGGGUGGAGCCGGCCUCGCCCCCGCCCAGGCCCCGCCCCUGCCGGGAGCCCACCUUCCCAGUCCCGGGCGGCGGGCAGAUCCUUGCAAGCAUGGUCGCGCCGGGGCUUGUACUCGGGCUGGUGCUGCCAUUAAUCCUGUGGGCCGACAGAAGUGCAGGUAUUGGUUUUCGCUUUGCUUCAUACAUCAAUAAUGAUAUGGUGCUGCAGAAGGAGCCUGCUGGGGCAGUGAUAUGGGGCUUCGGUACACCUGGAGCCACAGUGACCGUGACCCUGCGCCAAGGUCAGGAAACCAUCAUGAAGAAAGUGACCAGUGUGAAAGCUCACUCUGAUACCUGGAUGGUGGUACUGGAUCCUAUGAAGCCUGGAGGACCUUUCGAAGUGAUGGCACAACAGACUUUGGAGAAAAUAAACUUCACCCUGAGAGUUCAUGAUGUCCUGUUUGGAGAUGUCUGGCUCUGUAGUGGGCAGAGUAACAUGCAGAUGACUGUGUUACAGAUAUUUAAUGCUACAAGGGAGUUGUCUAACACUGCUGCCUAUCAGUCUGUCCGCAUCCUCUCCGUCUCUCCCACUCAGGCAGAGCAGGAGCUGGAGGACCUUGUUGCGGUUGACUUGCAAUGGUCUAAGCCCACCUCAGAAAACUUAGGCCAUGGAUAUUUCAAGUACAUGUCAGCAGUGUGCUGGCUCUUUGGACGUCACCUGUAUGACACUCUGCAGUAUCCCAUCGGGCUGAUCGCCUCCAGCUGGGGCGGGACACCCAUUGAAGCUUGGUCAUCUGGACGGUCACUGAAAGCCUGCGGGGUCCCUAAACAAGGGUCUGUUCCAUACGAUUCUGUAACUGGUCCCAGUAAGCACUCUGUUCUCUGGAACGCCAUGAUCCACCCACUGUGCAAUAUGACUCUGAAAGGGGUAGUAUGGUACCAGGGGGAGUCCAAUAUAAAUUAUAACACGGAUCUGUACAAUUGCACAUUCCCUGCACUCAUCGAAGACUGGCGUGAAACCUUCCACCGUGGUUCCCAGGGGCAGACGGAGCGCUUCUUCCCAUUUGGACUUGUCCAGUUAUCUUCAGAUUUGUCUAAGAAGAGCUCAGACGAUGGAUUUCCCCAGAUCCGUUGGCAUCAAACAGCAGACUUCGGCUAUGUCCCCAACCCAAAGAUGCCCAAUACUUUCAUGGCUGUAGCUAUGGAUCUCUGUGAUAGAGACUCGCCUUUUGGCAGCAUCCACCCUCGAGAUAAACAGACUGUGGCUUAUCGGCUGCACUUGGGGGCCCGUGCUCUGGCUUAUGGUGAGAAGAAUUUGACCUUUGAAGGACCACUGCCUGAGAAGAUAGAACUCUUGGCUCACAAGGGGCUGCUCAAUCUCACAUAUUACCAGCAAAUCCAGGUGCAGAAAAAGGACAACAAGAUAUUUGAGAUCUCCUGUUGCAGUGACCGUCGAUGCAAGUGGCUUCCAGCUUCCAUGAGCACUGUCUCCACCCAGUCCCUGACCCUGGCGAUCGAUUCUUGUCGUGGCACUGUGGUUGCUCUCCGCUAUGCUUGGACCACAUGGCCUUGUGAAUAUAAGCAGUGUCCCCUAUACCACCCCAGCAGUGCCCUGCCAGCCUCUCCCUUCAUUGCUUUCAUUACAGACCAGGAUCCUGGACAUCAGAGCAAUGUUGCUAAGUGACUGUUUCAAUAUGAUCAGAACUUAGAUAUAAGGAUGGGUCCUUCAGAUUUUAGCAUUUAGGAGUUUCAAUAAUAACCACUGCUUUUAAAGGAAAUUAAUAGAAAGCCUCAUUGAAUGGCUUUCAGCUAGCACAUGGCUGUUUCUAUAUUCUGAUGAGCCCGGGCUUAUAGGUAACUUGAAAUGCUUGCUUUUUGUUCCCUAGUUAGUCUAAGGGUCUGUAUUGGACUAAUUCUGAACUACAGACAAAUUGGACCUCAAUGUCAUUCACUUCCCUCAUAUUAAUGGGAGUGAAAUGUCUAAUCCUUUUGCCCCUUUUAUCCAGCGUGGUGGGAUCUCAGGAUUGGAGGGAUUUUAUCCAGCGUGGUGGGAUCUCAGGAUUGGAGAGAUUUUAUCCAGCGUGGUGGGAUCUCAGGAUUGGAGGGAUUUUAUCCAGCGUGGUGGGAUCUCAGGAUUGGAGAGAUUUUAUCCAGCGUGGUGGGAUCUCAGGAUUGGAGGGAUUUUAUCCAGCGUGGUGGGAUCUCAGGAUUGGAGAGAUUUUAUCCAGCGUGGUGGGAUCUCAGGAUUGGAGGGAUUUUAUCCAGCGUGGUGGGAUCUCAGGAUUGGAGGGAUUUUAUCCAGCGUGGUGGGAUCUCAGGAUUGGAGGGAUUUUAUCCAGCGUGGUGGGAUCUCAGGAUUGGAGGGAUUUUAUCCAGCGUGGUGGGAUCUCAGGAUUGGAGGGAUUUUAUCCAGCGUGGUGGGAUCUCAGGAUUGGAGAGAUUUUAUCCAGCGUGGUGGGAUCUCAGGAUUGGAGGGAUUUUAUCCAGCGUGGUGGGAUCUCAGGAUUGGAGGGAUUUUAUCCAGCGUGGUGGGAUCUCAGGAUUGGAGAGACUUGAAAGACCACACAGGCCAGCUAGUGUUCAUGUUCUUUACAGAACUUCCCACAGGUGCUUCCUGAAUCUCUGUAUGAACUUUCCAUUCAAAACUUUCCAAGUUUUUCCUUAUGUGGAACCAAAAUCUUUCUCCUGUGAAACUUUACUACUAUCAGAGGCUUUCAGAUAAUUGAAGACAGAUCUCUUUGUAUUCUCUUCAAGCCCAAACCAAUUCUGUUCCUUCAAUCUAAAUAGUGGUAAUACGAAUGUUUAAGAAAUAAGAAACAUGUGCAGGCACUUUGGGAGGUGCUAAGUGACUGCCCUAAGGAAUGAAAAGCAAGGCCAGGUGGGCGUAGCCCAGGGAAGGCACUUGGGCUGCCAGGAACAGGAGGGGUGGGAAACUCUGGCUUAGGAAAACAUGAACAUAGGGGCAACAGAGGCAAACUGUUGUUCGAGUUAAAUAUAAAUCUCAGGCUCUUUAAAGGCAAAAGGUUUAAGGAUAAUCCAUUUGGAAGAAAAGAGUGAGGCUGAAAGUAAAGCCACAUGACAAGCAUAUAGAAAAAUAAUGCAGAUGAUACAAAUAUGAAAGAGGCCUUCUGUGUUUAUUAUUAAGAAUCUUAAUGCAGUUUACUGAUGGAUUAAAAACAGCUAACAUUGCCUGAAAAUUAUGUUACCUAUAAGAAGUUGGAAAUAAAAGCAUAAUCACUA